AUGGCUGUUCCGGCGCGUUUCUGGGUUGAUGCUGUCCUUACAGCUGCUUAUCUUAUCAAUCGACUUCCAUCCCGAGUAUUAGAUGGCCGCUGCCCAUUUGACGUUCUGUUUGGGAAAUCCACGUUUGUGGUGCCUCCCAAGGAAUCUGAAGCUUACUUCAAACAGCCUGCACCUCUGCAGGGGGAGAUUCUUAGUGGUGAAGAGGGCCCGUUGAUUGCUCCUUUGGAUAUUGAGAUUCCUACAAUAGAGGAUGUCCCUGUUGAGUUGGAAGAUGGAGUUAUAAGUCAGGAACAAGAAGUGCAGACUGAGCAGCAACCGAUCCAGGGGGAGAACAACAGACAGACUUACUCUUGGGGAACUGAUUUUUCGUUACAUGGCCCACAGUACAAAGAGUCCACCACCACCGCUCCUACUCAAUCGACAUCUGCUCCUGCAAGUCCUGCUCCUAGUCAUAUUUCUGGUUGGGAACUCCAACAACUUGAUGUGAAGAAUGCCUUCCUGCAUGGAGACCUAGAGGAAGAUGUUUACAUGGAGAUACCUCUUGGUUUUACUCCCCAGAUACAUAGAGAAAGCAGCGAUGCACAGGAAAUCCAGAAGCUGAAGACUUAUUUGGGCAUUGAAUUUGAAGUCAAAGAUUUGGGCCGAUUAAGGGAGUAUGGAGCAACUGCUGAAGAUUAUUACCUCACCUCUCUCCAGUGUCAGAAUGCAGAUACUUUAGCCGACCUGGCUGGCCCUCGGAUUAAUAGUGCCUUGAUAUCCCGUAAAGCUGUUGGAGUUCAAACAGAAACAUCUUAUGAUAAUUCUCACCUUAUAAGAAAGAAUGAUAUAUCUUCUCAACAAGAUCUUUUGAAGAAGUUGCUUUUUGUAUGGGGUUAUCCAGGGGGCCAAGUCUCUGGCAAAGAUCUUGUCUCCAAGUUGGUUGUAACUUGUGCGGAAGAUUUACAUGUCCUUUUCGGGUGUAUGAACAUGAAUAUAUCCUCCAAAAUAAAUCAGGAUCGUCUGGCAGACAAAAAAUUUUCUGAUGUGGCUUUGCAUGAUCACAUGCAGUCUGCUCAGUCGGCUGAAGCUGCAAAAAUUUCUUGUCUCUACUUUUUGUUAACCAAGAUAAGUAACGAGAUGGUACAGUUGGAUUCUUUGUUCAAAGCAUUACUGGACCUCUGUUUUCUGGAAAAUGUUGUUGUUGUAUAUAGAUCUCUUCGUAUAGUACGUGUAAUAUUACAGCAGUUGUUGAGGUUCAACGGGAGAUUUGAAAGAAGGGACAAUGUGAUUGCUGAGGGCAUUUGCUCUGAGAGUGUUAAGGAUUUGCAUGAAUCUGAAGGAGUACAUAGUGAAGUCCAGUUUGGUCUGCCUAAGGAUAAUUCAGUAUUGUCAAACCAUGCUUCAUCCAGUGUUAGAUCCUUCAGUGUGGGAAUUCUAUCCAAGAAGGAUCAUGAAAAUCCUAGCAACAUGACCUUUCUUUCUGGUAUGGAUUGGAUGUCCCUUUUUGAAAUGAUGCAUCAAAUUGCUGUUGGGAGUAAAGAAGAAGUACAAGUAGAAGCUUUAUCUAUCCUGAAUAUGAUUCUAACGAGAAGUGAUCCCUAUUCCGAGAGAGAAAAGUAUGGGUUGGCACUAUCUUUUAGAAGCAUAUCACUAUUAUUGAGGAAGGAAAUCGGUUUCCGUGUGCGUGAGCAAGCUCUGCGUCUUCUAUUUCUUCUUCUGAAUUGUCCGAAGCUUUUGAUGAUGUUCUGUUCCGGUUGUAAAGAUGGUGAUGGAAGUGCUGGAAAUGCGCCUGAUGGCCCAGAAGAUGCUUCAGCAUUUCAAGAAUUCGGUAGUAUUCUGGAGGGCUUGGCAGAAUGUUUGGCAUGCAGUGGAAAUGAUACUCUGGAGCUGAAACUCCGUAAGCAUGCUAUCAUCUUGUUGGCUUUUGUAACAUCUUCUGGAAAAUCUGGCUUUGAAGUUUUGUUGGGUCCAGGGACGUCCAAAAGGAUAAAUUUUCUUGAAUUGAUUAUGCGGGUAUUGGCAUCAGAGAUGGAUGCAGAAGCAGAAGAAUCGACUGGACCACUGGAAACCUGCAGAGAGAGGACCUCGCUAAUACGGGAGGCUUUGAUUCUUUUGAAUAGACUGGCAUCUAACUCCUUCUAUUCAGCAACUGUCCUGGGGUUACUGACCAGCUCCAGAGAUAUGGCAAGCUUGACUGUUGAUGUUGCAAAUAAAAUGUCACGGAGAGGCAGUGCCUUCCUUAAAGCUGAUACCAUGAAGCGGACCCAGUUAAAAGAGGCUGAAAUUGUAGAUUUAGCGCGGGUGUUCAAAACAAGAGUCUUUAGCCACUUGGGCAGCAACAUUUCUUGAUUGGAAUUCCAAGCCAUCCAUACUUGGUUUCAUUUUUCUUCUGACAGGUUAUCUGUCAAUAGAAAGUUCACCAAGUUCCAGUUUUGCAAUAUGAACCCAGUUUCUCUUCACCCGUGAUAUUUCUUCACCUAUACACAUCAUUGCAGUGAUAUGGGU